CUUGGAACCUUUUUGGAAGCUACUAGAAGGGGCUUAAGCAGGUGGUGGACUGGUGGUUUCUCAUUCCCUCUUUUUUACUUCCAUUUUGUAGUCUGUAGAAACGAAAGUGAACGCAGAAGACAACGUUAGCGCGAAAAAUCCUAAUCGAAUAUUCGAAGACGCCAUGGACGCCGCGAAGGUCAAGCAGUUGAAGCUCUUCAUCGAACAAUGCAAGUCCAAUCCCUCUAUUCUAAGCGAUCCUUCUAUUUCCUUCUUCAAAGAUUACCUCGAGAGUCUCGGCGCUAAACUUCCUUCGUCAGCUUAUAAACAUGGCGAGUCACCUCGUACUGGCGACUCGAAAUCUAGGAUGGUGGACGAGAGUGACGAGGAGAUGGAAGACUUGGGAGACAAGACCUCUCAACCACAAGGAUCAACUGCAGCACACGAUGAUGGAUACGAGAGUGAACUAGUCGAAUCGGAUGUCGAGCUUGAAGGAGAGACUGUAGAACCUGACAAUGAUCCUCCGCAGAAGAUGGGAGACCCAUCUAUUGAGGUCUCGGAAGAGAACCGUGAUGCUUCUCAAGCAGCUAAGGCACAAGCAAUGGAAGCAAUUUCAGAGGGUAAGCUGGAGGAAGCAAUUGAGCAUCUCACGGAGGCAAUUUUACUAAACCCAACAUCUGCCAUAAUGUAUGCGACCAGAGCUAGUGUGUAUAUUAAAAUGAAGAAGCCUAAUGCUGCAAUUCGAGAUGCCAAUGCAGCUUUAGAGAUCAAUCCUGAUUCUGCUAAAGGGUACAAGUCUCGUGGCAUUGCCCGGUCAAUGCUUGGCCAGUGGGAGGAUGCUGCCAAGGAUCUUCACCUAGCAUCAAAAUUAGAUUACGAUGAGGAGAUUAAUGCGGUUCUUAAGAAGGUUGAACCCAAUGCACACAAGAUUGAAGAACACCACAGGAAGUAUGAGCGUUUGCGCAAAGAGAGAGAAGAGAAGAAGAUUGAGCGUGAGAGACAACGCUGUAAGGCUGAAUCUCAGGCUGCAUAUGAGAAGGCCAAACAGCAGGAACAGUCAUCUUCAAGUAGAAAGCCUGGAGGCAUGCCAGGCGGGUUCCCUGGAGGUUUCCCUGGGGGUAUGCCAGGGGGUUUUCCAGGUGGAAUGCCCGGAGGUUUCCCAGGAAGUACUCCAGGUGGGAUGCCUGGAAAUAUUGAUAUGAGCAAAAUCUUAAAUGAUCCAGAAUUGAUGGCAGCAUUUAAGGAUCCAGAAGUCAUGGCUGCUCUUCAAGAUGUGAUGAAAAACCCAGCUAAUUUGGCAAAGCACCAGGCAAACCCCAAGGUGGCUCCGAUCAUAGCAAAGAUGAUGAGCGGAUUUGCAGGACCCAAAUAGUCAAUGUUGGAGGGUGAGACCGCGGGAAGGUCUGAAGUUUGAACUGCGGUCAGUGGGCAUCUGAGUAAAUUCGCUAACUAGGCCAUUUUCCGAAUGACUAGGUAAUUUGGACUACAAGUAAAUUUACUGACCGAGGUAGGGUGGGGAAUCUGAACUGUCUCAGUUACUUCCCCACGUGUAUUGGAAUGAUAUGGGUGCGUUUCAGCCUGUAUUGUAUUGUAUCGGUUAAUAUGCACUAAUACCAAUGGUGUGAUUUGAACUCGAAA